AUGGCAGGCUUAAAGACUCUUGCAAGGGCUGGUGUGCUGGUGGCUGCGGCUCUUGGGAGCAGCGCAGCACUGGCGGACAAUGGGACGGAUCCGCUUGAGACGGUGAACAUCACCGCGCCGGAUGGCUCGGCUCGGGCGAGCUUCAUCGCGCAUGGCGCGGCCGCGACGAGCUUCUGGGUGCAGGACAAGUACGGCGAGUUCAGGGAUAUCCUCGUCGGCUAUGAGAACAAGUCGGACUACAUCGCCGCACGCAACUACUUCGCGCCCAUCGUUGGCCGUUACGCGAACCGCAUCCGCAAUGGCACCUUCACCAUCCCCAUCUCGAAGAACGCGGAGGGGCCAGGCGAGAAGUACCAGGUACCGGAGAACGAGCACAACGGCACGAACUCCCUCCACGGCGGCGACAAGGGCUUCGACACCCAUGUCUGGAGCAUUGUCGAUAACGGGACGGACUUUGUCAGCUUUGGGAUGGUGGACCCAGCAGGGAACCAAGGAUUCCCGGGCACGGUCAUCACCACGGUGACCUACACCCUGGGCAACUCCUCCGUCUUCAACACAUCCAUAUCUGCAAUCGCCACGGAGAAGACGCCAAUAAUGUUGAGCGCGCACCAGUUCUGGAAUCUUGAGGCGUACAACGAGACGCAGGACUUGAGUGGGCACAUCGCGCAGAUCCAAUCAUCCAGAGUGAUUGCGACGGAUGGGAACCUCAUUCCGAACGGCUCGUUCAUUGAUGUGGAGGAGACGGCGUUGGACUUCCGCCAGGCGAAGUCGAUUGGCGACUCGAUCAACGCGACGGCGGAGGCGCAGUACUGUGGUACCGACUGUGUAGGGUUUGAUAACGCGUGGGUUUACGACAACAACACUGGGGACGCACCUGUUCUGUCUGUGUGGAGCGAAAACUCUGGCAUCCGUCUCGAUGUCUUCACGAACCAGCUAGCGCUGCAAAUCUACAGCUGCAACGCUGAAUACAACGCGACGAACCCAACACCCCGCAAGAACAGCCAGGGCGGCCCCGACGCAUACAUCGAGGACCACUCCUGCAUCGUCCUCGAGCAAGAGUCCUACCUCGACGCGAUCAACAACCCGGAGUAUGGGAUCGACGACAUCUAUGGCCCUGACAAGCCGUACUUCUGGCACUCUUCGUAUGUGUUCUCGGUCAUCGACGAGUGA